AGUUACCGUCACAGGUACAAUUUAAGCAAUUGAAAUAAUUAGUUAAUAUAAGAUUAUGAAUUGUCUAUACACGUUACAUGUACUUGUCAGUGCUGUGUUGUAAUGUGGAAAGUACCUUGUCUAAUUUAGUAACGUAGUGUCAUGUACGUGUAGUCCAUACUGUGUAUGUCCAUAUUUGGUGGUGUUUACGACUUAUAUGUAAAUUAGGGUAUGAAAGUGUAAGAAAUCGUGAAAGAGUGAGAGCGAGAAUAGUAAAACCCGUGGGUUAUGGUAGAACGCUGCAGUAGCCAUUCAUAGGUCGGUAGGACAUAUCCUCUGGGGUCCGGUGACCAAUUAUGUAACAGACAUGUGUACAGACUUACCGUUUUACCAGACAUAACAGUCUUGGAAGGUUUUCUUCCGGAAGUGGAUACCACACAAGGUCAAUCUGCUAUUCGUAAGGAUGAAUCAUUAUAACAAUGAUUUAAGGAAAGAUUGUGAGAGGAAAGAUAAACAAGCAAUAGGCAUGGCAGAGGCUCAUGUAGACAAUCGAUCUUUCAAAUGUCUGAUAUGUCUCCAGGAAUGUAACACACCCCGACAGCUACCAUGCUUUCACACGUUUUGCACGGGUUGUUUGGACACCUAUAUCAAUUCUGAAUACGUCACAGAAGAUAACAGGACGUACUUCCCCUGUCCGGUAUGCGAAAGUCCGUGCUACCCUCACGACAAGGAUGAUCCCGUUAGUUCUUGGGCCGGUUCGUUUCCUCGGAAUCAGCUAUUCGCUUCCUCAAUGUUCAAAGAGACAGAAUCAGGUAAGACAUUCUGCCACGGAUGUCUAACUGACGACGAAGAGAACGUUGCUUCCUUCUGGUGUAAAGCAUGCUCGGAAGCCUUGUGUCAGCCAUGUCGCGUUGCACACCGACGAAGCAAAUUACUUUCAACGCACAAAGUCAUUGCCAUAGACGAGGUUUCUAAGACGGAUAUACGUAUGCCUGUAUUCGUUGACAACACGUGCCCUCGACAUACGGGGAAGACGAUCGAAGUAUACUGCCAUGACCACAACGCCUUAUGCUGUGUUCUGUGUAUGGCACUGUUGCAUAGAAGGUGUACGAAUGUCAAAGGCAUUGGAGAUACUGCACAGAUGUUCUCGCUCGAUGUCAUCGAAUGUGAGUUAGGCAAGAUGACGGACGAGUCAAAAACGAUUGUUGAAGAGGACGAAAACAAGCUGACCACUCUCGAAAGCGAUUACGAGAAAAUGACCAGUAAUGUGGCCAUGAUAAUCGAGAAAGCGAAAGAUAAGCUGGAUGAUCUCCACAAACGUUUUCAAACCGGGUUAGACGUAACGUACCGACGUCAUCGAGACAGUCUACAUGAACGCUUACGCACCAAUAGGAUAUUUCAAGCAAACUUUGAAAACACCAACCAACUGAUGAAGGUGGUAAAAGGAAAAAGUCCUGACGUUGAUACAUUUAUUGUAACGGAACAAUCCAAGACACAACUUCUGAGACACGUGCGGCGUUUACAGCAGAGGACUGGAGACAAGCACAAUACUUUUGAAUUGAAAAUGAGAUAUGACGUCGUAUUAGAGAAGGUCGUCAACGUGAUGACAACUGUGGGAAGAUUAGAAGUCUCAUCUUCAUUGUCAUCUUCCUCACAUGACUCCCUCACAUCUAUCAGACAAAUCAUAGACACACUCCAGGCCACAUCGUCCGCGACAUCGUUUUCCGAAUCAAUGUCCUCCUCGGACAUGCUGAGUGAUGUAGGACACGUGACAGUUCCAUCUUCGUCAAUAACGCCUCGUAUUGACGUAUGGACUGGGUCUUUAUCUCUGGUCAAGUCUGUACAUAAACCUUCCAUCCUAGGGUAUAUUACUCCAUAUCUGACAGGAGUGGUAUUUAUUGAAGGAGAAGGUCUACUCGCUGCAGACUACAAUAAUAAAAAACUUAUACUGUUUGAUGAUAGCUAUGAGUAUAUCAGGCAUUAUGAUGUGGAUAACGGUCCUAUUGAUAUCACACGCGGAUUUGAACAGAAUGAGUUACUAAUGACUCAGAUGAAUGGGUCAGUCAUUAGAUGUACAUUUCAGAAUCGUGUUCUUGCUGGUUCGACCUCUAUCGGCAAGAAAGAUUGUGUUGGAAUGGUUUGGGGUAUAGAUACUCUGGGAGAUAACAUACUGAUCGGGACUGAUUAUUCUGUCGAGAUUUCAACAUCUGACUUUAAACAGGUAUCGCCUAUACCUAAACGCGGUAACAGCACAUACGUGGCCGCAUCACCCAUGGGACUCUUUUAUUAUAGUGAGGAAGACGUCAUCGUAUGUCGAUCACGUGACGGGAAGGAAGUGUUCCGGCAUAUGUGUAAAGGUAUCAAAGAGCUACGAGGAAUUACCCUUGACCAGGAUGGUAAUGUAUACGUGUGUGGAAUGGAGUCGGGAGACAUACACCUGAUAUCACAUGACGGCUCAAGGGAGAGAGUCCUUCUCUCAAGAAUGUCUGGAAUCACUCGACCGUACGCUGUAGUUCUCCAUCCAACAAGACAGGAGAUCAUUGUGACAUCAUGGCGGGAAAACGUGGCGUUUGAAGUGUACAAGUUUUGUGACCAGUGAUUGGUGUUACUACACUGACUAUCGAAAUGUUUCAUAUGAUUUCUAUAAUGGGUGUUUUACGAGAAAUAAAUAAAUUCAAGUCACUGCAUUCUACUUCCUAUAAGUUACGGACAUUGUUUUGUGCUCUGGUAUCAAUAAUUUUUUCUUCAUCGACUAUUCAGUGUGUAAUAGGCAAUCAAAUGCAUAAAGCUUGAGUAUAAAUAUAUGUCAUGUAGGAAUGACGAAAUUAAAAUAAGUUUCUACUAACAUCUUAUUUGUUUCAAAUUAUUCAUCCGAUUGUUAACGUGACGAAAUAAUUUUCCCUCACCUGUAAUGGGAAACGUAAUAAAAGUUUUACAGAAUAUCACUUUC